AAACGCGUCUUUUUUCCUGAAAGUAUCGUUUUCGUUUCUUCUACUUCGUUUUUUAGUUUUUAGCUUCCUUCCUUAAAUUCACUGUAAUUUAAUUCGUAAAUCAACUGUCAAAAUGGACUACGAUUUCAGGAACAGAACCGCCCCUUCCUUCUCCUCAUCGUCAUCGAUUCCGACGAGCCACCCGAUGUACGGCCAGUCUAUGUAUCCAAGAAUCGGUCAACCACAAGGCCACGCGCCGGUCCCUCCCGUAGCGCGUCAUCCAUCGUAUCACCAGGCCUCCGCUCCUUCACCUUCUUCUUCAGGAUUAGGUAUCCGAGUUGCUUUAAAGCCAGAGUAUCGGAUCACUGUUCCGCCUCAAUUGUCUCCAUUAGCUGGAGAUAUUCCGCGAAGCAACUUUCAUUUUGAUUUUGAUUUUGAACGAAGAAUAUUAGCGGAAGCGGAGAAGGAAGUUCAGAAUUGGAGUAAGCUUGGGAUGGAAAAUCUUCCAUUUAAACAAACCGAAUCAACUUCUUCAAUGGGUCCAGGUGCAGAUCCGGUUGUCAGCAAAUACAUUGCGUCCGGACUCAGUCGAGAAGCUGUUCCUCUUGCAGUUGCAAACUAUGGAGACAAUCCAACCAAGGUUCGUGAAUUCGUAAAUGGCUUCACCCUGCUAAGAGAAAUGGGAUUCGCGCCCAACAAUAUAGCUGAAGCUUUACUUAUGUAUGACAAUGACACCGAUAAGGCAUUGACACAUUUUCUUAACAGCUCAUCGUGAACAUAGCGGAGACAGAAUGCUGUAUGUUGUAGCAGAGUAAUGGCUUACAGUAGUAUAAUUUUGCCAUACCUGCCUCACUUGGUUAUUGUAUAAACAAAAUCAACCAUCGCGUGUUUAUAUUUUGUUUACAUUUAUCAUUUGUAAGUAUAAUAAUAAUAUGAUUGUCUUUGACAAGAUUUUUAAUCCAAACUUUGUUUAAUUGUUUC